UCUGUGUGUGCAUCUGCAUGUGUGUGUGUGUGUGCGUGUGUGUGUGUAUGUGUGUAUCGGUGGGCUACACCUUUCACUCUCAUGUGAUAUUCCUGUGAUAUUCAUACUGAGGGAGUCCCUGAGUGCCACUUGGACACUGUCCUCUUCUUCUGAAUCUGCGGAACCACUUGGAAGCAACAACAAAUCUUCAUCCUGUUUCUAUCCUAUCAGGACUUCAGUCGUCUGUCCAUCUGCUUCUUUGUGCCUGUCUUCUUCUGUCCGCUGUCUCAUCCUUACACAUCUACAGUGAGACCUCCUUCCUGCUCUGGCUGAUCCAUCUGAGGAGCACACUUCGUCUGUAACUUCAGGCACCUUUGAUUUUUCUUGUUGUUUUCACAUUCAUUCCUCCCUCCUCCUCACAUUUUCUGUGCCAUCAUGGAGCUUGGUGGCAUGUCAUCAGUGGUGGCCAACUCUGCCUACCUCUCAGCCCGUGGACGUGGGAGCAUUGAUAUUUCCGCCCAACUAGCUGCCAACCGGGAGAAGAAGUACCAUUCCCGCCUCAAGCUGCCACAUAUCACAGUGUGUGAAGGUCUGAGGGAGACUUUAGACCUUGGUUUCCAAACAGUAUGUGUGGAGCAGCCCAUUGGCAAGCGUCUUUUCCAGGAAUUCCUUGCAUCCAAUGAUGAGUAUAAGGGCCCUUGUCAUCUGUGGAAGGACAUUGGGGAAUACAACAUGGCUGAGGACAAGGACCGUGCAGAAAUAGCAAGCACAAUCUUGUCCUGCUACAUGGAACCCAAUGGCAAGGAAUUUUGCCCCUUCCUGCCAGAGAACGGCAUCACAAAAGUGAAGGAGAAACACCAGGACGCUGGAGAUGACCUUUUUAAAGAGACACUGGACAGUGUGAUGGACUUCCUCAAGGAAGUGCCCUACACCGUCUUCCUGGAGAGUAUGUACCUCAAGAGGUUUCUGCAGUGGAAGUGGCUGGAGACACAACCUGUGGGAGAGGAUUGGUUUCUGGACUUCCGUGUGUUAGGGAAGGGCGGCUUUGGGGAAGUAACUGCCUGCAAGAUGAGAGCCACAGGGAAACUGUAUGCUUGCAAAAAGCUCAACAAGAAGAGGCUGAAGAAGAGGAAGGGAUAUGAGGGGGCAAUGGUUGAGAAGAAGAUCCUGUCCAUUGUCCACAGUAGAUUCAUCGUCUCCUUGGCUUAUGCCUAUCAGUCAGUGAGAGAGAUCUGUCUGGUCAUGACCAUCAUGAAUGGAGGAGACCUGAGGUAUCACAUCUAUAAUGUGGAUGAGGAGAACCCAGGGUUUGAAGAGCCCCGGGCCUGUUUCUAUGCUGCUCAGAUCAUCCAGGGCCUGGAGCACCUCCACCAGAAGAGAAUUAUCUUUAGAGACCUGAAACCAGAGAAUGUGCUACUAGAUACUGCAGGUAAUGUCCGUAUCUCUGACCUUGGUCUGGCUGUAAUGCUGCCUGAUGAUCAGCCCAAAAUCAAAGGCUACGCUGGGACUAUAGGUUUCAUGGCACCAGAGCUGCUGAAUGGGGAGGAAUAUGACUACACUGUUGAUUAUUUCACCCUGGGCGUCACUCUGUACGAGUUCAUGGCAGCCAAGGGACCCUUCAGGACUCGCGGGGAGAAGGUGGAGAAGAAGGAGGUGAAGAAACGCAUUCUGAACGAUGCAGUGACGUAUCCAGAGAAGUUCAGCGAGGACGCCCGCUCCAUCUGCGAGGCUCUGCUCAACAAAGACCCAGACAUGCGGGCCGGCUUCAAGGACGGUUCAUGUGACGAGCUCAGGUCGCAUCCAUUCUUCAGCAAAAUCAACUGGAGGUUGCUGAACGCAGGGGUCAUUCCUCCUCCUUUCACGCCAGACCCCAGGAGAGUUUAUGCCAAGGCCACAUACGAGCUCGGGGCCUUCUCCACGGUCAGAGGGAUUCAGCUGGAGUACCCAGACAAGUUGUUCUAUGACGAGUUUGCCACGGGGAACAUGCCCAUCCCGUGGCAGGAAGAGAUGAUUGAGGCAGGGAUCUAUCGUGAGCUCACAGUUUGGGGCCCCGACGGGACCCUGCCCAAGGACCUGUGCCGUGACUGCAUCCCCGAGCCGCCCAAGUCCUCCUUAUGCAGCAUAUCAUAAGGUGCUGCUGCUGUGACGACUGCACACAGAGGAACAUUUACUGCUGAUGGGCGAUUUUUUUCAUGAACUGUUGGUUUAGUCAAAAGGCAGCAAAGGGGCAGGAAAGGCUGAAUGAUGCGUCAAGGAGGGGGCUGAGGCACAAGUCUUAUAGGUAAUGGCGAUGAAAUUAUUUAAAAGGUCUGUUUUACCAGCAUUUCAGCCCUCAUAAGUACUUUGGUAUUUAUGUAUCCAUUUUAAAUCUCUUUUGUUUUUCGUUUCAUUUUUUUUUUUUUUUUUUUUUUGCUGUUAUGCAUGUUAGCCACAUUUGCACAUUUCAGUCUUCUGAUUUAUCAAAGCCUGCUGAUUGCUUUGACAUCCUUUCACUGUGAAAUCUAUUCAGUUCAUGUUUACUGACAUAGCUUUACUACAGUGUGAACUGCAGUGCUUUUCAUUGCAUUAUCUGAUUGCCUGUAUCUAACACUGCACUUUUCUUGUUUUUUUGAUGUUUAGGAGCAAGAAUGUCUAGGGAGUGAUUGAGCACACGAGCAGUCAAUGAAAGAGUAGUUUGUGUGUAUGUGCAUGCAUGUAUUGCACAUGUGUUUGUGUGUGCAUGUGUGUGGACAAAUGGAGCUGAUGUGGUUCCUCCACUGUAGAUACUGUACUGUAAAGAGUGCAGAACUCAUAAAUUGGUUAUAUUUGUCUAACAUGUGCAGUGACUGUUGAUUUCACUACACACACACACACAAACCACACACA